GGAGGAGGGCAGGAUCGGGGGCCCUGCGCCCGCCCGUAGCGGGCCGGGGGGCCGCCCGAGAGGCCUGGCCGGCGGCGUCCCCUGAGCGCAGCCCAGAGUUGACAGCAGGAAACUUUUGCUGCUGCGCCCUUCGGCGGCGCGACCAGAGCCUGCGCCCACCGCGGCCCGGGGGGAGCUAGGGGGAGAGAGGCCCGCGGCUCCCCCCACGCUCCCCCGCCGCCCGUCGGGGCGCGGCCGGGCGCGGCGGCGGCGGCGGGGCUGGGGCCCCGGGCGAUGGCCGCGGAGCUGGCGAUGGGCGCAGAGCUGCCCAGCAGCCCACUGGCCAUCGAGUACGUCAACGACUUCGACCUGAUGAAGUUCGAGGUGAAGAAGGAGCCGCCCGAGGCCGAGCGCUUCUGCCACCGCCUGCCGCCCGGCUCGCUGUCCUCGACGCCCCUCAGCACGCCCUGCUCCUCGGUGCCCUCUUCGCCCAGCUUCUGCGCACCCAGCCCGGGCACCGGCGGCGGCGCGGGCGGCGGGGGCAGCGCGGCUCAGGCCGGGGGCGCCCCGGGGCCGCCGAGUGGAGGCCCCGGCACUGUCGGGGGCGCCUCAGGAAAAGCGGUGCUGGAGGAUCUGUACUGGAUGAGCGGGUACCAGCACCACCUGAACCCCGAGGCGCUCAAUCUGACGCCGGAGGACGCGGUGGAGGCGCUCAUCGGCAGCGGCCACCACGGCGCGCACCACGGCGCGCAUCACCCGGCGGCUGCUGCGGCCUAUGAGGCCUUCCGGGGCCAGAGCUUCGCGGGCGGCGGCGGCGCGGACGACAUGGGUGCCGGCCACCACCACGGCGCACACCACACUGCCCACCAUCAUCACUCUGCCCACCAUCACCAUCAUCACCACCACCACCACGGAGGCUCUGGCCACCACGGCGGAGGCGCGGGUCACGGCGGAGGCGGCGCGGGCCACCACGUGCGCUUGGAGGAGCGCUUUUCCGACGACCAGCUGGUGUCCAUGUCUGUGCGGGAGCUGAACCGGCAGCUCCGCGGUUUCAGCAAGGAGGAGGUCAUCCGACUGAAACAGAAGCGGCGCACGCUCAAGAACCGCGGCUACGCGCAGUCGUGCCGCUUCAAGCGGGUGCAGCAGCGGCACAUUCUGGAGAGCGAGAAGUGCCAGCUCCAGAGCCAGGUGGAGCAGCUGAAGCUGGAGGUGGGGCGUCUGGCCAAGGAGCGGGACCUGUACAAGGAGAAAUACGAGAAGUUGGCGGGCCGGGGCGGCCCCGGGGGCGCGGGCGGGGCCGGCUUCCCUCGGGAGCCCUCGCCAGCGCAGGCUGGCCCCGGGGCGGCCAAAGGCGCACCCGACUUCUUUCUGUGAGUGCCGGACCCUGGGCCUCGCCACCGCCGGGGACAAGUUUGCGCAGGCCGCCCCGGUCUCGGUUCGGACUCUGAGGCCCGGGACGCGCGCUCCGGCGGUGCAGCCGCAGCUGCUGGGGUCCUCCCGUCCGCCCUGCGCGCCCCGCCGCCAAGCCCCAGCUCCAGGUACCUACCGCGGUGCGCCUCUCUCGUCGGGCCCCGGUCCGAGCGUCUUCGGGGUCGCCGGCUAGACUUUGCCAGGGUCCCUCGGCGCCCCGGGAACGGUGAUUACUUAGGGAAGCCCGAGACAGGUCUAACUUCCUCGGCAGCGUCCACUUGUACAGACGUGGAGCGCAGUUCUGCGUCCCAACCUCCGCCCAGCCGCAGCGGGGCCGCGCCGCCACUAGCUCCCGGUGGCCUCCGCCGGCCCCGCGCUCCUCCGUCGUCUUUCUUUCUGCCUCCGUUUCCUUGCCCUGUUUUUACUCCUCCUCCUCCUUUUUAAAGCAGUCAUAUUUUCGCAACAUUAAUAUUUAUUUUGCUUGGUAAUUAGAAAACCGGGAGGAACCCCCUGGUCCCCGUGCGCCCUCGGAGGUCGGCGAGUGCCCGCAUGUGCCCUCCUCGCUCAUUCGCUCUGAGGGGUCCGGCCCUGCCUGCCUUCCAGCCCGCUUGUCCCCACCCUGUUCGCUGCUUCCUGUAGAGGAAGCCGAGGAACUUACCUGCGUGUUGGUCCCACUGU